AUGACCAUCGCCACGCAUUUGAUCAUCGUCUGCUGCCACGCAAUUUACCUAGGUCCCGACAGCUCGGACGAAUCGAACUGGCUGAUCGAACCCUUCCAGAAAGGUGAGACAGGUACUUAUAGUGCCCACGUUGAAGCCGGCGUGAGGGAACUCGCAGCCGAUGAAAGUGCGCUGUUGGUCUUCAGUGGAGGCCCGACAAAGAAACAAAGGACAGAUCAGUCCGAGGGAGACGGGUAUUUGAAGAUCGCAGUCGAACACGGCCUUUUCGGCCUCGAAACAUCACCGCCCUCACUGCGACAGAGGAUAUUCGUCGAUCGGUUCGCCACCGAUUCGUACCAGAACAUCCUAUGCUCGCUCGUUCAAUUUCCACUCUUUGCCCAGGAAUUUCUCGACAGAUCUACUAACACGACCACAACACUUGAGUCGUCAGGGUCUUCGCAUCGCUCCAACCCGUCUCUCAAUCAAAAUCAACUCGUUUUCCCCAGCAAGCUCACCAUAAUAUCGCACGAAUUCAAACGCGCACGGUUCUUGGACCUCCAUCUCCCCGCGCUCCGCUGGACGCGCGAAACGAACUACAUCGGAAUCAAUCCACCAUUUGACGCGGCGAGAAUGGCUGAGAUCGAAACCGGUGAUCGGCUUCGUGGUUAUGGAGCGUGGGAGAAGGAUGUGUACGGUGUCGGAGAAGUAUUGACUCGCAAGAGGAAGGCUAGAGAUUGGGAUGAAGAUAGGUUUCGGGCCGAUGUGCUGCAGAAGUUGAAGGUUUCUGAUGAAGCCAGGAGGAAGUUGGAGAAUGUGGUAUUUAGGAGGGCUGGGGGCGAUUCAAACAGGAGGGAGGUAGAGAAGAUGCCGUGGGAAUGA